GAGGGAGCUUAAUGAGGAAGGUAAAUAAAACAGUAAGAAAAAUGGAAAGGAGAAGUGAAGAGUCAGUGCCCGGGGAGAAAAGGAGGAGGAGGAAAGCAUGCUGUGCAGCCAGGGAGGUGCUUGAAAGAGCUUUUGUGACUCCUCCCCUGGAAAAGCUCGGCUCCCAGCCUUGCAGAAGCCAAGUCAGUCCAACCGACUCCUACAACUUUUGAGACUGGUUCACCCCGCAGGACUGGAGUUACAAAAGCAGGGACAAAAGCAAAGGUUUUAACCUCGCGCCCGCCCGUGUCCCGCUAUCGUGAUCAUUUCAGAAAGUCCCGGGACUAUUCUCUACCCUCUCAAUCCCCGUUUUGAAUCUUCUGACACAAAAAAGAGAGUGGAUCCCCUCGUCCCAGGAUGCCGGGAGUCAAACUGCUUCCCAAAGCAGAGACUACGCCCAGCUUUGGACUACUUAGGCAAAGAGUUCAUUCCCACUUGAGGGGUCCUGAUUUUACUAGCAGUGCUGAAAUUUGAGCUGCCACAGUUACUGAAGCUAGAGCUACUAUUGAUUUGCCUUGAAGACAGUGUACAUCUUGGGGAAUGUUACAUAAGCUCCUUUCUGUGUAUACAGUCUUCAAAAAGUACUUGCACCAAAGCAAUGGCAACUUCCCCUCCUCCACUCAGUAAUCCCUUCCAUGAAAAUGGGACUGUGUCACUUCAUUACAACUAUGUAGGAAAACUGGAAGAGAGAUUAAAGGACAAAGAAGGCAAUGAGGUGACAGAUGCUAUUUUCCUAGUCAUCUGCAGCUUCAUUGUCCUGGAGAACUUGAUGGUUUUGAUUGCCAUUUGGAAAAACAACAAAUUUCACAACCGCAUGUACUUUUUCAUUGGUAACCUUGCUCUUUGUGACUUGUUGGCUGGCAUAGUUUACAAAGUGAACAUCCUGAUGUCUGGAAAGAAAACCUUGAGUCUCUCAUUAACAGUCUGGUUUCUGCGGGAAGGCAGUAUGUUUAUUGCACUCAGUGCUUCCACUUGUAGCUUAUUAGCCAUAGCCAUCGAAAGGCACCUGACUAUGAUUAAAAUGAGGCCUUAUGAUGCCAAUAAGAAGUAUCGGGUAUUCCUCCUCAUUGGGAUGUGCUGGCUUAUUUCAUUUUCCCUGGGUGCCUUACCCAUCCUGGGGUGGAAUUGCCUUGACAAUCUUCCUGACUGUUCUACAAUUUUGCCCCUCUAUUCCAAGAAAUAUAUUGCAUUUUGCAUCAGUAUUUUCAUAACCAUUCUUGUGACAAUUGUGAUUCUUUAUGCACGCAUUUACAUCUUGGUAAAGUCCAGCAGCCGUAAAGUCACCAAUCACAACAACUCAGAAAGGUCCAUGGCACUGCUUAGGACAGUGGUGAUUGUAGUCAGCAUUUUUAUCGCCUGUUGGUCUCCCCUAUUUAUCCUCUUUCUUAUUGAUGUUGCCUGCAAAGUUAAAGAGUGUGCUAUUCUCUAUAAAGCCCCAUGGUUUGUUGCCUUAGCUGUUCUCAACUCUGCCAUGAAUCCUAUUAUCUACACCCUGGCCAGCAAAGAAAUGCGGCGAGCUUUCUUUCGCCUUGUUUGUAACUGCCUGGUGAGGAACAAAGUGAAUCGUUCUUUGCCCAGCCAGCCAGCUCUGGAUCAAAGUAGGAGUAAAUCGUGCAGCAGUAACAAUGGUAACAACAUACCAAAGCCAAGGGAAGACUGCCCCCAAAUCAAUGCUUCCUCAAACAUCAUCAAAAAGACUGAAUCUCUGUAUAAUGGGAUUUUUUGUCAGUGAAGCACCUGCUUUGAGAAAAGAAGAGAAACCCUUUCCAAUUUCUGCAGACUUAAAUUAAAGAGAACACUAUCCAGUUAUUUGACUAAGUUUCUAUUUAUUGCAUGAAUCUCAUCAGUUUUGUUUCUUUGAAUGUUAUGACUCAGGAACAUUUGCUUUAUUAUGCCCAAAUCUGUAAGCUAUGGGUGUAUGUACAUUAAGGAGUAGAUUAUAUACUAUUGAAAACCUACUCAAAUAUAGUCAAUGUCAGUGUUAACAUCACCCUCAAGGUUCUUUCAGCUUUAAUAAGCAUUGCAGAUAACAGUGAAAACCAUACUCUAUAUAUCACACUGCACUGUUUAUUAUCAUCUAGGGACAACCUCAUUGUAUCACACGACUCACACUGCAUUGCUUGGUUUGCCUCCAGUUAUUGUUUUGAUAACAUCAUACUAUACUUACUUCAUAAAGUAUAACUGUUUAUAUUUGUACAUUAAUAUGCUAAGUAGCAAUUACACUACAAAAGUUUAUGUUAUAAUACAUAUAAUAUUGUAGCACAUAGUGUUUGUUAUAUAGCAGGCCAUACAAGAAUAUUGCCAAUCUAAAUAGCAUAUAUGACUAUAUAGGAAGAAAUAAUUAUGAACUUAGUUGGCAAGCCCAGUUUAUAAAUUCACCAAAAAGAAUUCACCAAAGAAAUCAGCUGUUUCCCUGGUCUUUCAGGUCCCCUGUGGAGGCUAGGUGGUCAGGGAAUAGAGCUCUGGACUUACUAUCCAAAUCCAUUCUCAGAUGCUUGUUGACUAUGUGACCCUGGGCAAGUCACAGUCUGUCUAACCCAGUUUCUUCAUCUGCAAAAUAGGGAUUAUAAUAACACCUACCUCCCAAGGCUGUUCUGAGGAUCAAAUCAGAUGAUAUUUGUAAAGUGCUUUGCAACCUUAUAUUGCUAUGUAAAUGCUAACUAUUGUGAUUAUCCCCAUGAUGUAUUUGGUCAAGCCUAAGCCUGGUGAUAUGUUUAUAGCCAGGAAUGGAUCAGAUCAUAUUAUCUUUGCCAGGACCCCAGCCUCACCCACUUGUAGGAAUGAACAUGAAGAACAUACUAGAGUUCUGGGAUUAUUUUAGGGCAUAAUGUCAUUGCUAGGGCAGGCCCAGGGAUCCAGGUAAGUCUAGAAUUCACAAGGGCUGCCUAGGAACACAUCCAAACCCCAAUAUAAGAGUUUUGAAAUCAGAAUAGAGACAGAUGUAAACCACUCUGUUAACCUUCUAUGCCCCUUUGUCAGAACAUCUCAGAACAGAAUGGAGCUAGUUGCUAAGAGGAUGAGGGCAGAGAGCAACAGGCCAGUAGCCGUUUGACACACUUCCAUAUCUGAAAACCACAAACACAAUAUGAUAUCUCAGCACCCAUUAUUGCCGAGGUAGACAAAAUGUAGUGUGUGUAGCUGUGACAAAAAUUCCAUAGUUUUCUAAAAGCAAAGUAUGAUAACCAUAGACACGGACUUAUUUAAAGUAAUUUAAUGUCAGAUUAAAAAAUGUGACUUGGCUUUUUCUACAUGGAUUAAAUAUGUGUAUUUUAUCAAGAGGUAAAUGUUAUUUUUGACAUGUCAAGCUAGUAAAAAGUCUGUUUGCCUUGUAAAGGAAUUAUUUUUAAAUACUUCCAUUAUUUCUCAAUGAUUUCACAUGGAAAAAUAGAUUUUACAUGGAAAAAGAAAAAUAGAACACUGAAUAUGUAUUCAGUAGGUCAUAAUAGUAUAAAGUUAGAGUUAUGUGAAUUUUAUAGGGUUUUUUUUGGGGGGGGGAGAUUGUUUGGCAUACUGUGAUUUGUGGUUCCAGUGUGGAAAUAACUUUUCAUUUAAGAACAGCUAUAUUCACCUGUUUUAGAGACGUGCCUGGGAGAAUUGAAAUUCUAGGUGACUUGCCUGGGGUUACACAGCCAAGUCAGGGUAUUAUGUGUCAUAACUUAAACUCAUCUUCCUUGAUUCCAAGCCAGGAUUUCAUAUCUAUUAUGCCACAUUUUCUUCUCAGGAAAGUGGUAACUCUUACUUGUUCUAUUAACUCUUCAAAGUAAACUAUGUGUGAAAAAUAUUUCCAUAUGUUUGCAGUGUAUAAGCUAUUUAUUAGUGAAAUAUUUCCUAAGUGCAUCUAUUUUUACAUUUUUACUUUGAAAAUAAAGGCCUUUUUGUAAAGGGGGCACCGGUGGCAUUUUCACAUACAUUUUCUAAACCAUCAAAAUAUAGGAUAGUUUUUUUUUAAUUACAAAAUGUUCCCACAAAAUAAAGGAUUUACUGAAAUUAAAUAUGCUGUGAUGUAUAUUUUCUACCAGAAAAGAAGAAAG